UUUAUUUCUUAUCACAAGGUUCUACUGAAAGCAUGGAAUUUCUCAGUUAAUUUUAUUUCCCUGUAGUGUUUUUAAGAAUAUUUGGAAACUGAUCCUGUUUAUCUGCUCUUGAGGGCAAUGGACUUAAAAAUGAAUGAAUAUGUAUGUAGAAUUUUCACCAGAAAGCUGGAAGGGUCAUAAUGGCACCUGCAUCAUAUGCUUUUCAUUUUCUGUGGGUUCAUUCUCGUAAUGAUGCACCACAUGCGUUUUCCUGACUCACCCUGUUCUUGAUGCAGGUGAAAAGAGCACAUUGGUUUUAAACAGUUUUUGAAAACAGAAGACCUUGCCUCCCGGCUCACAGUAUUCAGAUUUGCUGGAGAAGUUCAGCAAUCACCCUUGUGGGUUUAAGAAAUUUAUAAUUAUGAGAGAUCCUUCCUAGGGGUUCUGUGUAUUCCAAACAAGAAGAGGAAAGAAGAGACUCGCCUGGACCUGAGCUUUGAAUGUUUAGGUUGUCCUGUCAAAUGCUUCUUCUCUCCCAAUCUUUACACAGAGUCGGCAGCAAUGAACCGUAGGCGCAGCCGCACCAAAUUCACAGAAGACCAACUGAAAAUCCUCAUCGGUGCGUUCAACCAAAAACCGUACCCAGGCUAUGCAACCAAACGAAAACUUGCCUCAGAAAUCAACGCUGAGGAGUCUAGAAUCCAGAUCUGGUUUCAGAAUCGAAGAGCCAGGUACCGACCCCAGAGAGUAUCGGGGCCCGAGAAGGCCUUGGAAUCAAGCCGAGAACAAGACGGCGCUGAAAAGGAGAUUCAGAGCAGGGAAGACAGACGGUGUCGGACCAGCUACACUUCCUCCCAGCUACACACCCUCAUCAAGGCGUUUAUGAAAAACCCUUAUCCGGGGGUUGAUUCCAGAGAGCAACUUGCUCAAGAAAUUGGGGUUCCAGAGUCAAGAGUCCAAGUUUGGUUUCAAAAUCGAAGGUCUAGAUUCCAUGUCCAGAGGAAAAGAGAAGCUGCUGAGGUCUCAGGACAGAGCCAAGACGGAGGACAAGAAUCUCUGUCAAACAAAGAGCUCCAGCCGGGAAAGCCACUCGGUGCCUGGCCUCCAGCACCACCCAGCGACAACAUGCAGCACCUGCCGCAGAAAUGCACGAUGCAGGCCCGCCCGCCGGAGCGACGGGCUCAGGCAGCCGAGGGGCGCCUGCCUCCAGAGUUCCUGCUCUCUCCGGACCUGUACGCGCAUUAA